UCUGUGAUCCAUAAGGAGAUGAGUGGGAAACGAUCAGCAAAGUCCGAUCCGGGCCAGAUAAGGAAAAAGAAAAAGAAGGAACUGAUGACGGAAUUUUCGGAGGCUCUCAUGGAGGAAACUUUGAAAAAGCAAGUAACUGAGACCUGGAGCCGCAGGAUGUCGUUCAGUGACGAAGCCAUUGUCCUGGACAUGGACCCCUUUCUUCACUGUGUGAUCCCAAACUUCAUCCAAAGCGAAGACUUCUUAGAAGGGCUUCAGAAGGAACUUUUGAGCUUGGAUUUCCAUGACAAGUGUAAUGAUUUAUAUAAGUUCCAGCAGUCAGAUGACUUAAAGAAGAGACAAGAGCCUCACAUCACUGCUUUAAGGAAAGUUCUAUUUGAAGAUUUCAGAGUCUGGCUUUCUGACAUUUCAAAUAUUAAGCUGGAACCAACUGUUGAUAUGUUCUGUGCUAAAUAUGAAUUCACAGACGCCCUGCUCUGCCACGACGAUGAACUUGAGGGACGCCGCAUUGCCUUCAUUCUUUAUCUGGUUCCUCCCUGGGACAAGAGCUUGGGAGGCACCCUGGAUCUGUAUAAUGUUGACGCAAACCUGCAGCCGAAGCAGAUUGUCAAGUCUCUUGUCCCCACGUGGAACACGCUGGUUUUCUUUGAAGUGUCUCCAGUAUCCUUCCACCAGGUGUCUGAAGUCCUUUCGGAAGAAAAAUUGCGCUUGUCUGUAAGUGGUUGGUUUCAUGGCCCUUCGCUGACCAGGCCCCCCAGCCACUCUGAACCACUCAUAACGCGGAGCCCUCACAUCCCUCAAGAUCAUGAAAUUCUGUAUGAAUGGAUCAACCCUGUUUACUUGGACAUGAAUUACCAACUUCAAAUUCAAGAGGAGUUUGAAGAAAGCUCUGAAAUUCUCCUAAAGGAUUUUCUCAAGCCUGAGAAAUUUGCAGAGGUCUGCAAGGCCCUGGAGAAUGGAGAUGUGGAAUGGAGCAGCCGAGGUCCUCCUAAUAAAAGGUUUUAUGAGAGAGCCGAGGAGAGGAAUCUUCCUGACAUACUGAAAGGCUGUAUGAAGUUGUUUUACUCCGAAGCACUCUUCUUGCUGCUCUCCAACUUCACAGGCCUGAAGCUUCACUUCUUGGCCCCUUCAGAAGACGACGAGGUUCAGGAUGGAAAGAAGGAAGCAGCAGCAUCCGCCGCCAGUGGCACUGAAGGGACCAGCCACAGCUCCUCAGAGCCCGAGGACAAUCAGACGGCCAGGAACACCACCAGCCAACAGGACGAUGGCCAGACAGACUCGGAACCAGAGAGAAACGAAGCAGGGAGAGAAUCGAAGGUGCCCACAUGCUCUGGGGAACUGAGACGUUGGAAGACUGGGCACUACACUCUAAUACAUGACGGCAGCAAUUCUGAAUUCGCACUGGACUUAGUUCUCUACUGUGGCUGUGAAGGCUGGGACCCCGAAUACGGUGGCUUUACUUCCUACAUUGCCAAAGGUGAAGACGAAGAGCUGCUAACAGUGAAUCCAGAAAACAAUUCUUUGGCACUGGUGUACAGAGAUGGAGAGACUCUAAAAUUUGUCAAGUAUAUUAACUCUCGAAGCUUAGAACAAAAGAAAACCCUCCCACAUAGAACAGGCUUCUGGGACUUCUCGUUUGUCUAUUAUGAAUGA